AUGGAGGCGGUGAUCCAGACUAAUAGAGUGGCUCAGGAAGUGCUUAACCCUUUGGCGGAGGCUCCUGUUACGGAAAAAAAAAGAGGUCGUCUUACGGGAAAAGCAGUGAAAAAACAUGUAAAUAUGGAUGAAAGCAUCAAGGGAAGACUGCGGAGAACGGAACAGUUGAAGCAAGCUUCAAAAGCUGAAGAAUAUAUAAACAAAAAGCUGGAGACUGCUAUUGAUAGGGGUCAUAAGCCAACUGGUUAUGCUAUUUUACCUAGCAACAAUUCCAAGGCUAGAACUAUGGAUAAUGUUGCUGCGAAAAGUUGGGCUGCUGAAGCUGUCAUUUUGGACUGCUCUUGGAGUAACAUGGAUUUUAAGUUUGCUAUUGUGCAUGGGGCCAGCACGCAUAUUGACAGACGUCACCUGUGGAUUGAUUUACUUGAUCAUAUUCAGGGUCCUACAGUUUUCAUGGGAGAUUUCAACGCGGUGAAAGGCGCUCAUGUGCGCAGCAGUGCUUGUCUUCCUAGUGUGACGUCUUGUCAAGAGUUCUGUAAUUUUAUUGAGGCUACGAGUUUUAUUGAACCGCCGGCUGUCGGGUUAAGAUUCACUUGGUCUGGUCGUCGCUUUAUGCCGACCCAUGUGGAGUCCAAAAUUGAUCGUGGCUUGUUCUCUGAGGAUUUUUCGAACCUUUGGGACUCUACUUAUACUCAGGCUCUUCCGAGAAUUACUUCUCACCAUUCCCCGCUUCUUCUGAGGUGCGUUAAGAAUUCGCAGCAGGGUCCUCGGCAUUUAAGGUUUUUUCAUAUGUGGACGACUCAUGAGACUUUUCUUGAUACGGUGGCUGCUUCCUGGUCCCAGGGGGUGGACAGCAAUUGCCCUAUUUAUACUGUCAUGUUUAAAUUAAAAAGGCUUAGGAAUGUUCUGAAAGAUUGGAAUAAAAGCGUCUUUGGCAGAGUUGAGAGGAUGAUGGACGAUAGUCAAAGAGAGCUGAUGGAGGUGCAGAAUCAAAUUGCUAUUCAUGGGUAUACGGAGGCUCUGUUUGACAGGGAAGUGGAGAUUCAAGCUAGGAUUAAUGUGGCUCUUUCUAGGAAGAGCAGUCUGUUGCAGCAGAAAAGCAGAGUGAAGUGGCUUAAGGAUGGUGAUCAAAACACUAAUUUCUUUCACACAAUGCUUAAGUACAAGAAGAAGCCUUACCUGAUCUCUCAUCUCUCUAUCGAGGAUAGCAUGGUCUAUGAUCAGAAUAUUAUUAGCAAUCAUAUUGUGGAUUAUUUCUCGAAACUUUUCCAGGAAGAACAUCAUGAUGAUCUGGAGAUGGCGGCAAUUGAGUGGGUUAUUGAUCCGGUGGUGGAUGACGUUCAUAAUGGUUUGCUCAUUAGAGUGCCUAAUGAAGACGAGAUCACUGCUGCGGUUUUCGGUAUGGAGGCGAGCAGUUCGCCCGGCCCGGAUGGUUUUACUGGGAAGUUUUUCCAAACUUGUUGGAGCGUGAUUAAAAAGGAUAUUUGGUGUGCCGUUCAAACGUUUUUUCGAAAAUCCUACCUUCCCACUGGCUGCAAUGCUAGCGUCAUGGUGCUUUCACCUAAAAAGGAGGUGGUCAAUUCGGUGAUGGAUCUCCGCCCUAUUGUCCUUUCUAACUUCUUUUAUAAGAUCAUUCCCAAAAUCUUAGCCACUCGGCUUAGUAUAGUGGCGGCGAAGUAUGUAACGAAGAACCAAUUUGGGUUCAUUAGUGGCCGCUCGAUUCACGACUGCAUCAUGCUUGGUUCGGAGGGUAUUAAUUGCAUGAAAAGGACUUCUGGUGGCCAAAAUAUGGCGUGCAAAAUUGACAUAAAAAAGGCUUUCGACACCCUCAGGUGGGAUUUUCUCUUGGCUGUUCUGAGAGUUGGCGGCUUUGUUCAUCAGUUUAUCUCUUGGGUUGAGAUUCUGCUUCGUUCGGCUAGACUUUCCAUCAGAUAUAAUGGUGGUAAUCAUGGGUACUUCGCGUGUUCGAGAGGGGUGAGGCAGGGAGAUCCUUUGUCUCCGAUUUUGUUUGGCAUUGCGGAAGAUGUUCUGAGUAUGCUGGCUUCCGUGGAGAAUGCGAAAACCAUCAGGAAUAUUUUGGACUUCUAUGGGGGUUUGUCCGGUCAAAUUUAUAGUCCUGAGAAAUCCAACAUCUUCUUCUCUGAUAAAAUUUCUUCUGGUUUGCGUCGUGAGAUUGAAAGAGAGAUCAAUUUCAGGAGAGGUUCCCUUCCUUUUACGUAUUUGGGUGUCCCUCUUUUCUUUGGGCGAAUUCGUGCUUCUUACCUCAGGAGUAUUCAUGACCAGAUUGUCCAGAAGUUCUCUAAAUGGAGGGGUCGUCACCUGUCCAUGGCUGGAAGAGUUUGCCUGGUGAAGUCGGUCAUUCAAAGUUCUCUCACGCACUCUAUGAUGAUUUACAGAUGGCCGAAGUCGCUCAUCAAAGAGUUGGAUGCCAAAUGCAGAAAUUUCAUUUGGUCGGGGGAUGCUGAUAAACGACAUGCUUGCACUGUUGCUUGGGCCAGGAUGUGUGCGACUAAGGAGGAGGGUGGCCUUGGGAUUCGCUCUUUUUCUACUAUGAAUAAAAGCUUUCUCAUGAAACGUGCUUGGAGCGUUAUUAAGGGGCAAGAUUUUGGGUUUCACAUCAUGAGGGCUCGUUAUCUUAAAGCGUUUGGUUUUCCAAAAGUGGUUGUCACUCCCUCCUCCGUUUGGAUGGGGCUCAGAAGUGAAAUUUUGCCUCUUAUUAGGAAUUCUUUUUGUGCUAUUGGGAAGGGAUAUCUCACCAAUUUCUGGAUGGAUGAUUGGCUUGGGUACAAGAUUGCUGAGAAAUGCAGGGUUCCUGGCUAUAUGCACGACUUUUUGACCAAUUCUGUGGCCGAUUUCUACUUUGAAGGAAUAUGGCACUUCACUCAAGCUUUUUUGGACAAUUUUCCUGAUGUUGUUUGUGAUAUUCUUCUUUUACCGAUGGGAGAGAGCGAGGAUGUUCGUUAUUGGAAACCGUCUUUGCAUGGGAAUGUCACCUCUGCUUUAGCGUUUUCUCAUCACUGCCAUAGUUUUCCUCACGUGAGCUGGGGUAAGUGGAUUUGGGAGAGUAAUAUUCCGUCUCGGAGAUCGUUGGUUUGUUGGCGCAUUCUUCAUAACAGGAUGCCUACGUUUGAUAGGCUUAUUAAACAUGGUCUCAUUAUGCCGAAUCACUGUGUUUUCUGCUUCAAUGAUCUCGAAUCGAUGGAUCAUAUUUUCUGGCAGUGUGCUCGAAUUAAACAUGUUUGGCGUGAUUUCUUGGGUUGGUUUGAUCAAAAUUUGGAUUUGGAUGCGCCGGAUAUUCAUAGCUUUUUAGUUUCUGCUUGGAAUAAAAAGUUUAGCUCUCAAGUCGAGUGUUUUUGGAAGGCGGGGAUUCUUACUCUGAUAUGGGUCAUCUGGACUCACAGAAAUAAAUGUAUUUUUGAAGAUAAGAUUUUUAAUCCCAAGAGUAUCCUUGUUUUUAUCAAAUCGUCUUUUACAGAGUUGGAGAAUAAUUUCAAAAGUCUUGGCCACAUGAGUAACACUUGCUCGGAUCUGCUUAUUCUUCGGAAGAUUGGUGUUAAGCCACGGGUGGCUCUUCCGCCUACUUUUGUUAAUAUUUAUUGGUGGCCUCCGACCACGAACUGGAUGAAGGUAAAUACUGAUGGGUCCGCUUCUGGAGCGCCGGGGCAAAUUGCGGCAGGAGGUGUUUUUCGAGACGCUUGUUGUUCGGUCAGGGGUUGUUUCCAUAUCAAAGGGGGUCUCGGUUAUGCCUUCAAAGCGGAGCUUCUCGGGGUUAUUACUGCUGUGCAAAUUGCUAACGCUCGAGGUUGGAAUCGUUUGUGGAUUGAAUCGGACUCUACCUACAUUGUAAGGCUGCUGCAUUCUAGAUCUGCGACUGUGCCUUGGAGAUUCGCCGCUUUGUGGGAUAUGGUUUUAGAUACUCUUAAGAGUUUUCAGGUGCAUACUACGCAUAUCUUUAGAGAGGGAAAUAAAGUGGCCGACAUCCUUGCGCACAACUCGAUGCCGGAAGGAUGGUGGCCGUUUGAGCUUGAUAUUAUUAAGGAUGCUACUCGCAGUGACAUUUCGACUCAUAGCCAUCUUCGACGGGUGGUUUAA